UUCCUCACCUGUCAGUUCUGACACGGUGCGAAUGUUCAGCCUCGUCUCUUUGUUUGUCUCCGAGAAACAGGUCUUCUUUUGUCAAGAAUAAAUGAUAAUCCUGUGUGGUCAACUGAAACCUAAUUGAGGACAGCAUCUAACACGUUCAUGUAAUCCCCAGGUCUUCUAUCUGCUACAGAGUAGGCCUGUGCAGGCAUGGAGCCCCUGGCAGUGGAUGAUGACAUCUGUAUUCUCAAACAUGAGACAGCCUACACCGCCAUCGGCGAGAGCCCUGUAUCGGUGUGCGCCGGCGAUGAAUCCGUUGCUUCCCACUUCGCCCUGGUCACAGCCUAUGAGGACAUCAAGAAGAGGCUGAGAGACACAGAGCGAGAGAAUACAUUGCUGAGGAAGAGGGUUAAGCAGCUGGAGGAUAAGCUCUUCAGGCCAGAGGCGCCUCCAUCAGAGGGUCCCCAGUAUGUGAACAAGGCCUUCAGUGCUUACCGAGGUAUCUAUAUAGAGAAGGAGGACCUGCAGAUGGAGCUUAACAAACUGAAAAAAGAGAAGAGCGAGAGUGAGAGGUUGCUGACGGAGCAGCUCCAGGCCAAAGAGUUGGAGCUGCUUCAGCUGAGGACGGAGAUGGAGACUAGCCAAGGUACAGUGAUGAAGAGCUUGAACAGCCCGCAGGACUACUGGCAGGUGGACACAGUCAGCACUGAAGUAAAAAUCCACAAACUGCAGGAGGAGCUGGAGAGAGUGACACUGGAAAACAGCAGACUGGUGGAGAGAAGUGGGGAGGAACCCCAUGGCCUUAACGGACCAGACUUGGACCAGACCUGUGACGCAAAGUAUAUUACAAGCGAGAGGAGCAUGCAGCAGAUGUGCCAAGCUUUGCGCGGUGAGGUCACUCGUCUCCAUUCAGAGCUGAAGCACCAAACAGGCCUGAUCAGGAAGCUCAGGCCAUUGAUCGGUGAGACAAGACAAGCUGCCUCAACAGUUCCAAUCCAGUGUUUGGAUGACAUGGAAAAGAACAACCACCCAGUUCCUCGGGCGCCAGUGCCUCGUCCCCCUAGUGCCCCCCCACUCCCCUCGUGCUCCGGGCGCCCCUGCCCCCCUGUCGGUGGCCCAUCAGGCACCCUGCUGCCCGACAGUCUGAAGGAGGACUGCUGGUACAAUGGGCCCUGGCCCUCGCAGAGCUGUUCAGGAGAGGCUCUGGUUGGGAGCAGUGCCUGCUCUGUCGUCCUGCCCCCGCCUCCCCUGAACCAAGCUUCCCUGGAUGAGAGCUCGAGGUCCUUCCCCAGUCCCCCCAAGCCCAGUGACGCCAUGUUCUGGGAGGGACACUCCGCUGCAUCCAACUCCUCAUGCUCGAUGGGAAACUGUAGUCCCAGGAGCCCUCCCAAUACUGAGUGGACCAAGCCCUAUUGAGAGGAACUUUGAUGGGAGAAUAGAUGAUUAAACAGAGUGUGUAAUUUGAUGAAAAACAGAUGAAUGAAUGGACUCUCCAACCCUGCCACAUAGCUACCACCUAACCUGCCUUAAGUUGAUAAGACCACUCCUCUGGGCUGGACUGGACUGGACUGGACCUACUGGUUGUGGGAACUAACUGAACCAGAGGAAGCCUUUUCGAGGUGAAGACUCUGUAAACUUAUUAAUUUCUCUGCACACUGCAUCGGUGAACAUAUCUGACCCUGCAGAGGAAAAGUUGAGGAGGGACCCUCAGUAGAAUCAAUAGUUUGUCCAUGUGUAUGUGUCCUUGUAUGCACAUGUAUAAGUGUGUGCAAGCAUGCACACAAGCAAUUUAAUUUCUGUGUGCAUAUAAACACAUCAAACAGAGUGUGCCUGUGUGUGCAGAUCAGUGUGUGGGCAUCUCUCGCCUGCCUGUAUCUGUAUCUUGUCAUAAAGAACCCGGUAGGGCUCAAAGGGCCUCUUUCUCCAUUCACUGUGGCCAGUUAUCACUAGGGCCACAGUUGGAUACAUAGUGCGAGAAUUUGCAAGAAUAUACUCCCUCCAAUAAAAGUCUUUUUACAUUUGAUGGCUGUAAAGCAUAUAAGGUAUGUAGUCCCAUGUCUGUCACAUGAUCAUGUGAGGGAGAUGUCUAGGUACAAGGACUUGAUUUGUUUGUUUCUGUACUGUGAUGGAGACAGACAUAUUGUAACUGUAGGAUAAUCACAGAUUGUUGAUCCAAAUUUUAACAGCUACCAAAUAAAACCUUUUUUUUUUUUUCAAAAUUGUUAUUUUCAUCAGUGCUGAUGGAUCAUUAUCAAAAUAUGGCUGUCAGUCUACCUAUGCUUACCAAAUCAUUUUUGAGAAUGCAGUUACACUAUUUGGAUUUUUGAGGAGAUUGCGUAAUGACUAGCAAAUAAUUUUAAUCUAAAAAUGUAUUGCUUUCUGAAAUAAAACACUUCACCCAUAAUGGCACCAGAAAAGGUUAAACUGUUUACGAUUUCACAGAAAUUUCACAACUCAUGCAAGCCUCUGUAAACCUGCCUGUUAUCACAUAUUCAAUUUUCUCAGAACUACUAUUAAACAAUACCUGUCAUGUUUUCAUUACCCAAUUGUAAAGGGACAUGUAUAUGUAAGGUUGUGCAAUGUUGGAUGUUUUUCUGUAGGACUUUUAAUUUGAAGGACUGAUGGGAUAGAAUCCAUACACUCCCCUGUAUUCUGGAAACCUGAUUAUGUUGGAAACCUGCUUUUGAACAAUAGGAAAUGUAUCUAAACUCUGUACUGUGCUGAUGUUAAACUAUGACACAUUUGUUUUGCAGUAUGAGAUACGUUGUUGUGUGAAGAGGCAAGUUUCUCUUUGAUUUCUCUUUUUUAGAGUCAGAUGAGUAUAAACUGAACGAUGUACAAAAGAAAACACAUUAUGAGUAGAAUAUAUACAGAAGGAAGAAUGUGCAUAUCUGUAUAAAUGUAAAUGGUGGGCUUCAGUACUCUGCCAAACGCGGUUUUGCACUCCAAACCAUAGGUUUUGGUUUGUUUUGGGUUUUUUUUCUCCCCCAACCCCAACACUUGUGAUCUAUAUAAGAGCUGUCUGCAAUGGUGAUAAGACAAUAAGUGUAUUAACCUGAAGAAAUGUGAGCUGUGACUUGAUGAAUAGAUGCACAAAGCCCAAAGGCCUGUGGUCAUUGAAAAGUUUUUGUUUUUCCAUUUUCUUCAUUCUGUUCCAUGAUAACUGUGGUCUUUUUGUUCUUGAUUUUUAAGAAAUGUUAUUUUACAGCAGUAGUUUCAUACUUCUGUAAACGAUUUGCAAACCAAAAUGCAAUGUACAGUAGAUAUGGAUUAUAUUUUAGAUUUACUGCACUUCAGACUGUUUGUAAAUAUGAUCGAUUAAACGAAUGAAAGGAAGUGACCGUG